AUGGCAGGGACUUAUGGACCGACGAUGCCUUCGAAGCGCAAGCUUGAAGGUGAAGAGGAAGAAGUUGGCCCGAGGAGACCAGACACGCCGCCUAAGAAGGCCAGGGUGAUGGGACCAGCACUACCACCACCAAGCUCACGACCAGACAGCGAUAAAGACGAGGAAGAUGAAGAAGAUGAUGACAGCGACGAUGACUAUGGCCCUUCUCUUCCUCCUCCAGCUUCUUCUACCUCUGCUAGAAAACCUGAAGUUCCUACGGCGCCUGUACCCAGCGCUUCAGUCUCCAAGCCGGAGGCACCCAAACGAGACGACUGGAUGCUGAAACCUCCCGAGCAACUGGAUCUCUCUGCCCGUAUGGACCCGACGAAGCUGAAGAACCGGAAGUUUAAUACAGGCAAUCCUGCGCGGCCAGGCGCAUCGAAGAAUGCCGGUGGUGGACCCUCGAACACCUGGACGGAGACAGUGGAGGAGAAGAGGAAACGUCUACAGAAUGAAGUCAUGGGCAUCCAAGCUCCGGCAGCUUCAUCAGUUGUGUCUGAACACGACGCUGCAAAGGCAUUGGCGGCUGAGCGUGCGGAGAAGAUGUCGAAGCAUGUUCGUGAUUACAACGAAAAGAAUAGGAGUAAAUCACUCUACUCCCAGCAUAAGACGAGUGCGGAGGAGCAAGAAAAGGAUGAUCCGAGUGCUCGAGCAUUCGACAAGGAGAAGGAUAUAAGAGCUCCCUCGAAGAUCAGCCAUUCUCAGCGCAAGGAGAUGCUUAAUAAAUCUGCAGACUUUAGCUCUCGCUUUGCUGGGGGGAAUUUCCUAUAG